GUGGUCUUGAAUGGAUCAAAAGGCGAAAAGUAUAAUCAAAUUUUGACCUUGAAUUUUGACACUGACAGUUGAGUUGAUCAAAUGGAAUUUGAACCUGGCUUUUGAGUCAUUGUGUUCAGUUGCAGGUAUACAAUGAAAGCCUCACAUCUUCGACACAACAAAGAAUAGAAAAUAGACGACACAAAACCAUGACACAAGAUUUCAAUGUUGAUGUCGUUGUUGUUGGGGGUGGUCUCUCUGGUUUGUCUGCUGCCCAUUUGAUCCAACAGAAAGAUGCAAGUGUUCGACUCCUUGUGUUAGAGGCUAAAGACCGUGUUGGAGGAAGAACUCUGACAAAAAAGUUGAUGUCUUCAGGUUCGUCUGAGGAUGCAUGGGACUUAGGAGGUCAGUGGGUUGGCAGAACACAGCCAAAGGUGAUGAACCUCAUAGAGGAGCUGGGUCUGACAAUAUUCCGACAGUUUCAUAAUGGCAAGAAGCUAAUGAUGCUUGGAGAUGACAAGAUUCGCUCUUACAAGAAUACAAUUCCCUCCCUGAGUAUAUGUGCGCUUCUUGACUUGAAUCAUUUUUUACAGAAGGUUGACUACAUGUGUCGUCAAGUGCCUGUUGACCAACCAAUCAAAUGCAAGCAAGCAGAGGCUUGGGACAGGAUGACGCUACACAGUUUUAUGCAAAAGACGUUAUGGACUAAAGGUGCCAAAGAUACAAUCGAUGCAACAGUGAGAAUUGUAUUGGGUGUCGAGACAUCACAAAUCUCUCUGCUUUACUUCCUUCAUUACGGGGCAGCUGCUGGCGGUCUUGAGCCUCUUAUUGAAUCUAAUGAAAAUGGUGGUCAGGAAUAUAAAAUUCAGGGUGGUGCACAACAGUUGUCACAGAUGCUGGUAGAUAAAAUUGGUGUUGAAAAUGUUUGGUUAUCUCACCCUGUAUUCAAGAUAACCCAGACAAACAGUGGAGUUACUAUAGACACUCUAAAUGGUAAAUGUGUACAAUGCAACAGAGCAAUCAUCGCCAUACCCCCAAUGCAAUCAGGACGAAUCCUGCAUGAGCCUGACCUUCCUUGUUACAAAAGAGAACUGUACCAAAGGAUGCCUGUUGGCCAUAUCAUCAAGUUUAUAGUCAUAUACAAAAAUGCAUUUUGGAGAGAUCAGGGUUUUAGUGGAGAGAUAGUUUGUCAUGGUGGCCCAACCCAAAUGGAAGGCUGUGAUAGUGGUCCCCUGGGAGUCUUGUUUGACUGCACCUCACCAGGUGGCACUCCCGGUUUAGUAGGGUUUAUAUCGGGCAAACAGGCCAUACAAUGGGCUAACAGGACAGAAGAUGAACGGAAAUCGGCAGUUUUAAAAUCCCUUGUUGAAUACUUUGGUCCUGAAGCCGACCAAUGUGUGAUGUACAUGGAGAAGGACUGGGGCAAAGAAUCAUACAACGGAGGUUGUCCAGUCAGUACUGUUGGGCCUGGUGCUAUGACGUACUUUGCUUCAGGUCUUAGGAGACCAUUUGGAAGGCUACACUAUGCUGGUACAGAGUCUGCAACUCAAUGGUGUGGCUUUCUCAAUGGAGCGAUCCAAGCAGGGCACAGGGCAGCAGUAGAGGUGAUGUACGAACUCCGUCCACAGACAAUUUCCGGGAAGGAGCUGGAGGGUACCGCUUACUGUACCCUACCUUCAGUUGAGCCCCUCCCUAAGAAAAGUCGGCACAUCCUACGAUUCACUUUUGCCCUGGGAGCUAUUGUUGUCUUUGUUGCUGUGGCGAGGAAAGCAUAUUUCCGGAUUGCACUUUAAAGGGUCUUCUUUGUGAAACCAGGAUUUCUUAAAGAUUGAGGUAUCUUUCUGAAGUUACUGAAUCACCUAGAGAUUAAAGGGACUUGUAUCAAGGAAUAACAUGGACAUUGAAAUGAAUAGUAAAUUUAAAUACCACCUCAUAAAAUGUUAGAUGUAAUAAACCAAUUAGCACAGUGAAAUCUUUAAACACCUCUGUUAGUGGAAUAACUUGUUAAAUCA